AUGGGUUUUAGAGACUUAAAAGCCUUCAACUUGGCUCUCCUAACUAAGCAAGGUUGGUGUCUCCUCCAAAACACAAAUUCUCUUUUCCACCAUGUUUUCCAAGCCAAGUACUUUGCUGACAGGUCUUUCCUUGAUGCUCAACUCGGCAAAAGACCAUCAUUUGCUUCGCAGAGCAUUAUGGCUACUAAGAGCAUGGUGGAAGAUGGAAUUAGAUGGUCUAUUAGAAAUGGAGACAAGGUGAAUAUAUGGAAUGACAAGUGGAUUCCCAACCCCAAAACAUACAAGAUCAUGACCCCUAUAAACCCCCUGAUGUAUAAUGAGAAAGUUUCAACUCUAAUUGAUAAAGAGAGAGCCGUGUGGAAAUCUGAGUUGGUUAACUCCAUUUUUCUCCCCCAUGAGGCUUGA